AUGGCUUCGACAUUGAUCGGCCGCUCCGGUCGAGAGUAUAUUCGAGGCAAGAUUCUCAAGCACAACCCAAAAAGGCCAGAUCUCAGUGUCUAUCUUGCACAGUGCGGAAACCAAUACUUUGUGCUAAAACAUGUAUCCCCUUCAAUCUUCGAACAAUCACUGGAACUUAAACAAGAGUUCCCAGAAACGCGUCGUCUUCGAAUGCAUGAUGAUGCAAAUGAAGCUGAACAAAUCCUUAUCUACAAUCACUUUAGUGAUAAUUUGCUUUCUCUUGUGAAGAACAACCCGAACAUGUCAAUUGCGCCUCGGAAACAGAUAUUGUGGGAACUUGGACAGGCGUUAAAGGAGUUUCAUGCCAAGGACUGGAUACAUAUUGAUGUCAAACCUGAUAAUGUUAUGAUUGAUUACCGUUACCAUCAGGCUGGUCAGCUCAGACCGGAAAGGGUUGUGUUAGGUGACCUAGACUGCUCCUUGAAGCUAAAAGACGAUAAACUUCUUCGGCUCCCAAAUGGAAUCAAAAUAGGAAAUGUCAUGUGGCGCAGCCCCGAAGCGCAAACAGGACAGGGGAUUGGCAAACCAUCAGAUGUAUUCUCUUAUGGGCUUGUGUGCCUGUACACCAUCACUGGUGUGGAAACCCUGCAUCCGGAUUUCGAGCAGUUAAAGAGAGACAUGAUUGAACCUGAACUGGAGAUUAUGGGUCGAUUGAUAUCUUUUUUUGGGCCGGUCCCAGACGAACUUGUGAUUCAUGUCAAUAAUGAGAACUGGGGUCAAAUCAUGAUUGCUAUAUCAGAAGGAACAUCUGAUGGAGGCCCAGUUGGACCUGGGCGUUUUGAGAAGUGGGAGGAGAAGGAUUACCCCAAUCUUGACUCUGAGACAAAAAGAUUUCUCUGGAGAAUGGUAAACCUCAGUCCAUUGAAGCGAGCUACUAUGGAAGAAAUUAUGGAAGAUCCCUGGUGGAGCAUGUAA